CCGGGCCUUCACCUCUGGUUCCGCAAGGCAGAGAGCAGGGAGGGGCUCCUCGCCCAAAUGGGGAAAGGGCCACCACCAGCGAGCGGCGUCCGGGGUCAGCGACCUAGAACCUGGUUGGGGCGGCCUUCCAGAGGAUGAGCGUGCUUCACCCCCAGGGGAGCUGUGUGUGUGGGUUUCUCACUUCUGCCUUCUUUCUCCUGGGCUGCUGGGGACGCUCCGAUUUCCAGCAGCGGUUUCUUCAGGCUUUGAAGCCGGAGGAAGUGACUUCCUACUUUGGCCCUGAUGGUUCCCUAAAAGGACCUUUACACUCAGCCCUGCCUCCUCCCUCUCCAGGACGUCCUCCUUCCCCUCGACUCCGCAGACAGGCUGUGGGAAGCGUCCUGCAUCUGGAGCUGCUGGUGGCCGUGGGCCCCGAUGUCUACCAGGCCCACCAGGAGGACACAGAGCGCUAUGUGCUCACCAAUCUUAACAUGGUGAGCACUCCUGGGGGAACGGGCUCCGGACAGUGCCGACCACGAACAGGGCUCCAGGAUCCAGGGGCUCUGCUGUCCCGGGAGCCUCUGGACACAGCGCCCCACACCCUGGACUUGUGAUGCAACGUCAGAGUGCUGGCUUAUCUGGUAGUGUGAACUCGGUGCAUUGAACUUAGUGUAAACCUGAGGCUGGGGUAAUGCUUGGGGCUCAGGGCCCUAGGGGAGGGAAGGGGCAUGGUCUGACCUCCGUCUCCUCCAUGUGGAAUGGGGGUGGUGAAGUCCAGGAACACCUUUGACUCCUUAGUGCACCCCACAGCCUCUUGCUGCUUUGGUCCCUUCUCUUGGGAGACCCUUACAUCUGGCCUCUGCCCCAAAGUCCAUUCAAUCCAUGGGAACUGGGCAGCAGAGCCUCAGCAAACCACAGGGUUGCCCCUCACUGGCUUCCCUCAGCUGCCUUCCCUGCAGGCAGCCCCUAGGUCUGCUGGCAUCCCCCUUGGCUUCUAGUGGUAAAGGUGGGGCAGAAAGCAUGACUCCCACUAAUCAGCUCAGAAGGAUAAUCAGCAGAGAAACAGGUGUUUUAACAACGUAAUGAUCACGUUCAAUCUAAUGGACCAUAUGAAACCCUGUGCCCAUCAACUAGAGAAUUCACAGAUGCAAUACACACAAAAUGACUUUGUUCUAGGCAGUUGGGAAAUUUCCACAACAUCAGGAGAUUGACACCACAUUGGUGGCAGCAGGACCAGCAUUGUCCUCUUGUAAAUUGGCCCUGGAGUGGGGGCAGCCCCCCAGGAGUGCAGGGUACUCAGCACCAUUUUGUCCCCAGCCUCAGGUACACCUAUUUUGGACAAAAGAAAAAGUUCGCCCAGUCUCAGAGGCAGGUCAUCCGACCCCUCCCUGUCCCCAUGGGCCCAAGGCUACACCCACGUGCUCCUGCUCCCUUGCAGACCUGGUCCAAGUCCAGAACAAGCCUGCUUAGGUUUCCACCUGGAAGCCUCAGAGGUGGAAAAUAUUUCCUCCAUCAUCACUUGAAAGCUAUUGUUUUCAAGUUUUUGGGGUCCCCCACCUCUAAUAUGCUGAAAUGCCAUAGUCAUUUGAUGUGUUUUACAAGAACCUAAGACAGUGGUAGAUAUGGGACUGGCUUCUGCCCAGAUGGGGUCCAGUGGUCAUGGUCACUGUCAUGGUCGGUGCCCGCCUGUUGCCAGCCACAUUGCUCCUAAGUCUGCCAGCGACCAUGGCAGGCUUUACCUCUGUGUUACAGAUGAGGAAACUGAGGCUCCGAGGUUAGCUAACAGGAUUCUGAACAGACAGGUAGCAAGAUGGGGGCCUUGGGUUCAGACUCAGGUCAGCUGAGGCCGGUGAGAGCCAGGUUUUCUCUCCUGAGUGCCAUGCCUGAUUCAGAGGACAGCUGGUACAAGCGGCUGCAGCACAGGUCAGCCACCAUCUUGGCAGAACCUGGAGCCUGACUGUUGGGGAGCCGUCUCACUGGGGUGUCCGGAAAAGGGUUCCAGGGAGAGCAGGAGGACGUCACGCCUCCUCGUGGAGAUGGGCAGAUUAAGCAAGCAGAGGUGGAGAGAGGUAUUUCAGGCAGGUGGGUGGAGAUGGGAAAGGACAGGGCGAAUCGGCACAAGAGGAGCAGUGUUUGAAUGGAACGUUCUGGACUAAUGACAGUUGCAUCCCUUUGUCUCAGGGUCUGUUUCCUAAUGUGUGGGUCGGCCCUUCUGAGCCAUAAGCAAAGGGACCAUAUCUACACGGCGGGCUU